CACACUUGUUUUCUGGCAUUUUUUAAGUCAAGUUUUAGAGGGACACCUGUUGAACAAUUGUCGUCUUGGUUUUGCUUCUUUGUUGGCAACGUGAUUCCAGGACUUAACGUGUUGUGUAGCGAGUAAACGUUUAACGUUAGCGAGUUAACGUUAACUAUCCGGUUGGUUAACGUUAUAUUUAACGAACACCAGGGAACUUAUCUUUUUUCAGGAGAGCAGGAAAGUGUUACGUUGACGUAGGUCCUACCCAAGUUAGCCAGGAGUUGAAGACUUGCCAUGUGUACGGAGACAGAAACGGGAGUCAGUCCAAGCCAACUGUGUACGAUGGAGGAAGAGAUUCUCUUUCAUGUGUAAAAUGAGUGCCAAUGCAGGGACAGGUGUACUCGACCCCUGUGUGUGCCGAGUGUCUGUACGCAAGGAAUUAAAGGGUGGAAAAACAUUUGCAAAGCUGGGCUUUGCUGACUUAAACCUGUCUGAGUUUGCCGGGUCAGGCAGCACCACCCGACGGUGUCUCCUAGAGGGCUAUGACACCAAGAACACCAGGCAGGACAACUCAAUUCUGAAGGUUAUCAUCACUACACAGCUUAUGUCUGGAGACCCCUGUUUUAAAACUCCCCCAUCUACAGCCAUGACUCUGGGAAUCCCACAGUCUGAAGCAGAGUGUCUCCUUGAGGACAGAAAGGGUGGCAUACACAUAUCCCAUUCACUCACUGGGACUCCAGUAAAGUCUGUAUCAGUUCCAGAGGAGCUGGUAGCGUAUGGUCACUCUAGAACACCCAGCCAUACAAGUCAACAGUCAAAAAUCUCAGGUUACAGCUCAAAUCACUCCAGUUUAACAGAUCUGUGCCAUCGGAGGAGCGCGUCAGGAGGUUCUGCCUCCACAGGCAUCGGCAGCAUCCUGGAACCUAGUGAUCAGCAGGGGGAGAGCCGGACCACUCCCCCGGUCUCUGCAACUGAACAUCCCUCUACCCCUAUUAAAAACCCAAGACAUCCAGUUAAGCAGAACUCAAUGGAGAAUCAGCUAAAGAGAGUUGAUGCCACCAGGGUGGAUGCGGAUGACAUAAUAGAGAAAAUCCUCCAGAGCCAAGAUUUCAGCCACGGCUUUUUGGACUCAAGUGCAGAGGAGGAGGGACUCAGCUUGUUUGUUGGUCCUGGUGGGAGUACAGCUUUAGGAAGCCAGCAUAUGAGGGUCGCAGCUGGAGCCUUUGAGCAGGUGGUGAUCAAGCGCUAGGCUUCGGGAAGCAUGUGCCUGUCAUAAAGGGUGCCAUAUUACACUGAUGCGGGGAACACAAGACUGAGUUGUGGCGAGGCCAACAGAAAUCACUCCAGGAGAUUUAUUUUCUCUUACGCAAUCCCUUUACAUCUGACCUGCAGUGUCUUGUUGACCAGGAGAGCCCCCUAGUGUUCAAGAAGUGGAGGUGAAGGCCCUAUUAUUGGAACAUUUUAGUGACUGAGAUGACUGGUGUACUGACAUUUCUGUGGGCCUACUAUGAAAGCUGUAAGACAAAUACUGUAAGACUACACAAAUUGUUCAUCCAUUUUGGUGACAUUUAAGCUGAUAGGUUGUUCUCUGCUAUUUAAAAAAACAUGUUUAAGUAUUCAACAUGCUUUUACUUUGGUAUGGUUGAUUUUGUUUCACCAUUUUUACUGUAGCGUAAACUGGCUGGAGGAGUGGACUGUGUCUGUUCCUUGAAGUCCAAUAUAUUUAAAGUAAUAGAAAACUGACAUUGUAAAAAAGUACAACACCAUUGUGUGUCUAUAGCUCGUUCACCUGGUUGUGAGGGAGGAUGACUGCAUUUCAAAUACCAUGACAUUUUUAUGUUUUGUUCCUUCAAAACGUCUAUUUUUUGUGUGCCUGUGGGUAUGUGUGUUGUCUGUAAAGUCAGAAGUAAUGAAUUUAUUUUUAACACAAAUUUUGUAAAUGUGCCAAACUUAGUAAAAAAUGUACAUUUGCUGCCACUAAAUAAGUCAUAUAUUAAGAAUGUUAACUGUGUAUGCAUUGAAAGUCUACUGUGUAAAUCCAAUGAUGUUUUUAAGAUAUGUAUCCAUAUGUUUUUAAGAUGUUAGAAUGUUGAUGUUGUAUUUAAUGCCAAAGAAAAAAGUAAAUUUAAAGCAUGUGUACACUGGAUAAAGCUACUUUUGUGAUGUAC